AUGGAAGGAAAUUACAGUAACACUCAGUUCAGCUGUUCCUUCUCUACACAGAUAGAUCCCUUCAGCCUCUGUGUGCGGAGCAGACCACAGGAGGGCAAGAGUGUAAGCGAGGAAACUCCUUCUAACCAGAGGUGGGCGGACCCAGGCGGGAAGUCAGGAGGGGAACAGAGGAGCAUGGGCCGGGGGCCGGGGAACCUCACCACGAAGGGCAAAGCCGAGAAGCUGUCCCAGCCCCGCUGGCAGGAGGUCAGCUCCGGGCCGCUCGCUCUUCUGAUAUUCCAGGCCGGCAACGCAGCCAGCCCAACCGCAGACGAAGAUAAAGCUCCCGACCCCUCCGCCUCCAGCCUCUGA